AUGGCAGCAACUGCAGUUCAAAACGCGGAAGAGAAAGUUCUUUGCGAUAAGGCUUUUACGGAAGAGUUGGUUGAUAAGCUAAACGAGCUUAGGAAAGACAAUACUCUCUGCGAUGUGACGCUUCAAAUCGAGGGGCAAAACUUUUCUGCACACCGAUGUGUUCUCUCAGCUGCAAGCCAGUACUUCCGUUCACUUUUUACCAGUGGGUUUAAGGAAAACAAAGACUUCACUAUUGUGUUGCAAGACACUAAACCUGCGGUAUUAAGCGAAGCCCUUCGGUUCAUUUACACAGGUGAAGCACUGGUGAACGCCACUAACGCGCAAGACUUGGUCAAGAUAGCAGACUACUUUAUUAUUCCACGCUUGAAGACGAAGGUGUCGAAAUAUCUAGAAGAAUGCAUUGAUGUAACAAACUGCCUUGCACUGGAAUCAUUUGCAGAUCAGUUUGGCUGCGAGUCGUUAAAACAGGCAGCGUCUGAGUUUAAUCUUAAAAACUUUAUUUCUGUAGUUAAAUCAGAAGAUUUUAAGACAUUGAACAUUGAAAAAGUCAAACAACUGAUAUCACACGACGAAAUAAUUGUUUCCAAGGAAGAAGAUGUGUAUGAAGCAAUUGUUUCAUGGGUGAAGCACGAUACUCUGUCAAGGGAAUGUUUGUUUUCUGAGUUAUUAAAAUGCCUGAGAUUAUUCUCACUAUCAAAGUACAGUUUGCAGCAGAUACUGAAGGAAGAAUUGGUUCUAAAAAGCAGGACUUGCCUAAGUAUUUUACAUGAAGGAUUGAACUUUUUCUUUUCUCCAGACUGUUUCUUAAGCUUGUCUCUCAAGCCACGUGCGUGCUUAAGCAUGAUGGAACCUGUUAUAAUUCUUACAGGAGGACACACUGAAAGAAUUGGACUAGAUCAAAAGGUCAGAGUUAACACCCACUGCUAUUUAUUGUCCAAAAACAGUUGGGUCUCCCUACCCAAGAUGCCAUUUCCUCGUACACGUCAUGGGGCUGCAGUAUGUUGUGGGCAGUUGUAUGUAGUAGGUGGGAAGCCAGAACCACCAGCAUGCACCUUUAAUCCGAUAAAAAACAAGUGGACUGUUAUGGAGGGAGAAGCUGCAAUCCGACAGCACUGUUCUGUGACUGCACUUAAUGAAGAACUAUAUGUUAUAGGUGGUGACAAACAUUUGAAAAGGGUUGAUAAGUAUAAUCCAAGUCUUGAUGAAUGGAAGGCAGUCGCAUCAAUGAAAACUGCUCGUGCCUCUCACUGCGCAGUUGUUGUGGAAAACCUUAUCUAUGUCCUUGGUGGUUGUGGCUACAGUGGGUGCCUUAAAAAUGUUGAGUGCUUUAACUCAUCAGCUAAUCAUUGGGCUGACAGGCCAAAUAUGAUUGUUGCAAGGCAAUUUGCUGGUGCAGCUGUUUUAUGUGGAAAGAUUUUUGUUGCUGGAGGGUACAGUGACAAGGCAUGCAAAACCUUGGAGGCAACUUGUGAAAUGUUUGACCCUCUACAGGACCAGUGGAGCCUGGUGUCUAGUCCUGUUGUGCCUCGAGCAGCAUGUGCUAUGAUCAGUUUUGAUGAUUACUUGUACUUAUUUGGUGGAGAAGAUGCUGACUGGUCCAAACAUGACAGUGUUGAGUGUUAUGAUGUCAAAAACAACAAAUGGGAGCUAUGUGGUACCAUGCCAGGAAAGCUUGCCUGCGUUCAAGCUUCACUGCUGUUGUUGCCAAAAAAAUACAUAAAUGAUUUAGACACAUUUGAAACACAGUAA